AUGAAUGCACGCACACCGAAGAGACUUGUCCACUGGGCUCUUGACGCGUCUCUUUCUGACCUCGCCUCUCCUGCUUUCUCUGACGCUGGUUCCUCUGAGUCCUGCACUUCGACGUCUAGUUUACAGUAUGUUAAUUCCCAGCUUAUUGCUCAUGGUUUUGUGCACGAUACUGGAUUGUCGCUGGAUGGACUGGCGAAAGCCGACGCGGAUAGGGUAGUCAAGUGCAUACUUGGGAUGCUGAGCCAACGAAUCGACGACAUGACACGUACAGAGGACCUCACGACAAAACUCCGUACUCUCUCCUACGACCACGAACGCCUCACGUCAAUGUACAAGACGGAGAAGGAAACCGCCGCCAAUGCCGAACGUGAGAUGAACCUCCACAAGUCGCGUGCAAGUACCGCCUCUAAGUCCCUCCUAUCCUCCGAAAACGCGCACAAACACACGACUGCCGAGCUUCAGCGCACUCGCACCUCCCUCCAUGCCCUCCGCAUCGCACACCAAACCGAGAUCAAGAAGCUCGAGAAAGAGAAGGAGCGCAUGCUCGAGCGCUGGACCAGGCUCUCCGACUCGCAGCUCAAGGCGGGCACGCUCCCAGCAGGGCUGACUCUGAUGUGCGCGAACCAGGGCGUGGUGGACGCGAACGAAGUGCAGCUACGCGGGAAGGGGCAGGGCUUUUUGGACGUCGCGCUCGAGCAGGCGGAGAACGCGCGGAAGGAGCUGGUAGAGCAGAAUAGGAGGCUGAGAGGGGUGCUAUUGAAUGCCGCGAACGAGCUGCACAGUUUGUUGCACGCCGCUCGGACGGCAGGGGACGCGGAUGCUCCGUCAGAGCCCGAACUGCUCUCCAGUAACGCCUUGUUCCAGAGCCAGCCCGCUGAGUCGGCCGGCGAUUGUCUCAGUAGCCUGUUCCAAUCGUUACGCGAGACUAUCUCGCAGAAGGCAGCUUCGAGCACAUCAUCAUGCAACUGCCUGCGAAGGGACUCCUCUUCGCCUUCGACACAAACACAAACACAAACAACACCUGCCAGAGCACAAGACGGUGCAGAGAUUGAACGUCUCCAGGCUGUCAUCGAUAAGCUGCGUGCAGAUCUUGACGAGUCGCAGAAGCAAGCCGCUGCGUCGGCCGCGCAGACGCAGGAACUCUUCGACCGUUACGCGGAGGACCAGAGGCUGGCAGCCAGCAGCGUGGGAGAGAUGAGCGUUGACUUGAUGACCGCUCCCGCGCGGGAUGAGGAGAAGCAGCGCCUGGACGCGAGGUUCAAGGAACUCGAAGAGGAGCGCAGGAAGUUCACUGAGGCAGCCGUGAGAUUGGGCAAGGAGAAGGCCGCACUCGAGGCUGAGCGACUGAAGCUGCUCGAGGAGAAGCGCUCCUGGGAAGUGGAGAUGAUGCUCGCGGAGCUGCCACCGACUCCCGCUCCUGUAGCGAGUCCUUCAAAUCCAUCUAUACCUGCAGCGCCCCCUUCUGUUGUCGCGCGGAGGUCACCACGCAAAUCGCCUCGGAAGCUGAAAGGCAAGGCUGCGAGUCCGCGCAAGACGCGUGUCUCGCGACGUUCUUCAGGUCUCGGCGUACUGCUUUCGCCCAAGGCCAAAGCCCCGCAGAAGGGCAAGGUCGUACCGGCAUACGAAACGGAGGUUAUCCCAUCAACAAUACCGCCUUCCCCGGUCAGGCCGCCUCCAGAGUUCAAGACGAGCAUGGCAGUCCCAGCUCCCCCCUCUCCCGCAUUGCUCACAAGCACCUUCGUUCUCCCUCCGCCUUCCCCAGCCGCGUCAUUCCCAUCACGAGAAGAAGGUGGCGGGACCCACCUGCCGCCUGUACCCCCACUUCCCAGACUCGAGAUACCCCCUCUGCCCGAAGAUACCUCCGAAGACGACAUCAUGGACACCACGCACGAGCCUGCAUCCUCUGCGUCUUCAUCCUCACUACCCAGUGCCUCCGCUUCCUCUUCCACCUCCACCUCUUCUCGAGCCCCUGCCCCCUUCCCAAGCACGCCAGGAGCUCGUCCAUUCCCUAUGGCGAAACCCCUCGCACAGCGCAUGGUUCACGCGUACUCGCCCGUCAAGCCGAGUCCUCUCAGUCGUAUCCUCAUGCUAGCCCGCUCCCCCGACAGCCCCCCUGUAACGGCUCUCGACGCGCUCGCCGAGGUCGACGAGAACGCGAUGGACCUGGACGUCUCGCACAUCCCUGCGCACGCAAUGCAGCCUAGCAGGACCCUCGCGGAGGAGUUGGGCGUCUCGGAAGAUGAUGAUAACCCGUUGCGCGAGAAGCCGGCGCCUGCGGAUAAGCCGAAGGUCGUGGAGAAGGGUAAGGGGAAGGCGAGGGCAGACGCGGCCCCGCAGGUGCAGGCGCAAACGAGGACAUCGCGCGCGCGUGCAGGUGGGGCGCUAGAGAAGGAGAACGUGAAGCGUGCGAAGCUCAACCCUCCUACUGCUGCUGCGACUGCCAGCGGAAAGGGUGCGGCUGCGUCGAAGGAUGUCAAGAAGCCCCCGAGCAAACCUGCCAAUGGCGUUAGUACGCGCGCGAGGACAGCGGCUGCUGGAGGGAGGGGAACGGUGGUGAAGCCCCCGAGCAAGGGCGGGCCGAGGAGAGUGCCGAUUGGGAGCGUGGAGGCUGCACCGGUGCCGAGCUGGCGGAGAUAA